GAAAAUAUGAUCACUGUCUCAAAACUCCUCGAGAGUCUCUCUCUCUCUCUCCUUACCCAAAAAACACUCCCAUAGAGAAAUACUAUUUGUACAACCGUAAAGUUUGUUAAGUUUCCGUUUAUUCGUCACCGAUUCUCGCUCUCGCAGAAGAAGACGGAGGUCGCCGCCGGCGGUCCUAAUCAUGGAUGGAAUGUACGGUUUUCAUUCGACCGGUGAUUACUCAGAUAAGGCGGUGCUGAUGAUGUCGCCGGAUAAUCUCAUGUUUCCUUCCGAUUACCAAGCCUUGCUAUGCUCCUCCGCCGGAGAUCAUCGCAUCUCCGAUGUAUUCGGAUCCGACGAGCUACUCUCAGCAGCCGCCUCCGCUUUGUCGUCGGAGGCUGCGUCGAUCGCUCCGGAGAUCCGACGGAAUGAUGACAACGUCUCUCUCGGUGUCAUCAAGGCGAAAAUCGCCUGUCAUCCUUCGUAUCCUCGCUUGCUCCAAGCUUACAUCGAUUGCCAGAAGGUCGGAGCGCCGCCGGAGAUAGCGUGCCUAUUGGAGGAGAUUCAACGGGAGAGCGAUGUUUCUAAGCGAGACGUUGUGCCGUCGUCUUGCUUCGGAGCUGAUCCUGAGCUUGAUGAAUUCAUGGAAACAUACUGUGAUAUAUUGGUGAAAUACAAAUCGGAUCUCGCGAGGCCGUUUGAUGAAGCUACAACUUUCUUGAACAAAAUCGAGUUGCAGCUACGGAACCUAUGCACUGGUGUGGAGUCUGCCAGAGGACUUUCGGAGGAUGGUGCAGUUUCGUCGGACGAGGAACUAAGUGGAGGUGAUGAGGUAGCACAGGAUGGGAAACUAAGAUGCGAGGACCGUGAUCUCAAGGACAGGCUGCUUCGCAAAUUCGGAAGCCGUAUAAGCUCUUUGAAGCUGGAGUUCUCAAAGAAGAAGAAGAAAGGAAAGCUACCUAGAGAAGCAAGACAAGCUCUUCUCGAUUGGUGGAAUCUCCAUUAUAAGUGGCCUUACCCUACUGAAGGAGAUAAGAUAGCUUUAGCUGACGCGACGGGGCUAGACCAGAAACAGAUCAACAAUUGGUUUAUAAACCAAAGAAAACGCCAUUGGAAGCCGUCAGAGAAUAUGCCUUUCGCGAUGAUGGAUGAUUCUAGUGGAUCAUUCUUUACCGAGGAUUGAGAUUUUUAUCGUAAUUUAACGUUGCAACAAAAAAAAAACAAAGAUGAGGGGUGUAUUGACAUGUUGCCUUCGUUAUAAAGCUUCGCUCUCGCUUUGCCGACAAGAGACAAAAAAAAAAAUGGUAAAAGAGUGAAAGCUUUGGACACAUGAAUCGAAAUGUUACUCACUCUCACAUCACAUGUAGGAAGGAAGGAACAAGGGACAAAAUUCAAAUGCUAUGUAACUAUUAUUAUCCGUGAAUAAAAAAUUAUGUUUAUAAUAUAGUUUAACUUCUUUAGUCGCUUCUAAAGUUUGUCCUCUC